GUGGGGUUUCCCCCCCCCCAAGCAACCCAAACCUCAAAGUUUCCUAACUCUCAACGUGCUCGCUUGCCGGCGCUGGGGUUUGGCGUCCUGCAAAAGGGGAGCCCCCCUGGACUUUCCUUGGGCUGCGGUAACACGCCGCGACUAUUGUCUGCGGGUCUCCCCUCCCCCCCCUUCCCCGAAAUAUGGCAAAGGUUCAGGUGAACAACGUCGUGGUGCUGGACAACCCUUCUCCUUUCUACAACCCUUUCCAGUUCGAGAUCACGUUCGAGUGCAUCGAGGACCUGUCCGAAGAUUUGGAAUGGAAAAUUAUCUACGUGGGCUCUGCAGAAAGCGAGGAGUAUGAUCAAGUUCUAGAUUCAGUUUUGGUGGGCCCUGUUCCUGCAGGAAGACAUAUGUUUGUAUUUCAGGCAGAUGCUCCUAAUCCAGGACUAAUUCCUGAUGCAGAUGCUGUAGGAGUCACAGUUGUGUUAAUCACCUGCACCUACAGAGGUCAAGAAUUUAUUAGAGUUGGCUAUUAUGUGAACAACGAAUAUACUGAAACAGAAUUGAGAGAAAAUCCUCCGGUAAAGCCAGAUUUUUCUAAGCUCCAGAGGAAUAUUUUGGCAUCUAACCCCAGGGUCACAAGAUUCCACAUUAAUUGGGAGGACAACACUGAAAAACUGACAGAUGCAGAGAGCAGCAACCCAAACCUUCAGUCACUCCUUUCUACAGAUGCACUGCCUUCUGCUUCAAAAGGAUGGUCAACAUCAGAAAAUUCACUAAAUGUUAUGUUAGAAUCUCAUAUGGACUGCAUGUGACCCGGCUUACCUUUCAGCGCUAUCUAUGUAUGUGUUAGGAUGUAGAAAGACAGCACAGAGACACACAUACACACACCAUCACCAGAAAUGAUUUCCCGGGAAUGACAUAUUCAACAUGUGAAGAAUUUGUUUUAAAAUCCCCACAUUCUGUAGAAAGUUUAUAAGGAAAAAGUAUUUGAGUGGAUGUAUAAAUAAAAAUUAUUUUUAAGUAA